AUAUAAAAGUCUUGGAUCCAGCCGAAGGUGCUUCAGUUGAUGUUGUUCAAGCAAGGGGAAGUUUUCAAACAAGAAGAUGUCUUUCCACGAAAACUAUGAUGAUCGAACACCUGCAGCCAAUCAGCUGUUGCUGUACUCGAACAAACAUGAAGAUAAUACAGAUGUCAUUACCACCAGUGGUGGUGAUCCUGUAGGUAUGAAAACAGCUAGCGAGACUGUAGGGUACCACGGACCCACCCUGAUGCAAGAUUGGAUCUUAUUGGAUGAAUUGGCUCAUUUCAGCAGAGAGAGGAUACCAGAGAGAGUGGUACAUGCCAAAGGAGCAGGGGCGUUCGGAUAUUUCGAGGUUACCCACGAUAUAACCCGAUACACCGCCGCCACUGUGUUUUCCAAUAUCGGAAAAAAGACGCCCAUUGCUGUCAGAUUUUCUCAAGUAGCCGGUGAGAGGGGAUAUCCGGAUACCUACAGGGAUAUCCGUGGAUUCGCCAUCAAGUUCUAUGCUGAAGACGGUAUUUGGGAUCUGGUAGGGAACAACAGUCCCAUAUUUUUCGUUAACGAUGCUAUCAACUUUCCCAGCUUCAUACAUGCCCUCAAAAGGAAUCCGGUGACAAACAUUCGCCCUGACUAUGAUGCUUUCUUUGACUUUGUCUCGCUGAGAGCGGAAUCUACGCAUAUGGUUCUGAUGAUGUUUACUGACCGAGGCAUUCCCGCUAGCUACAGGCAAAUGCACGGUUAUGGCGCCAAUACAUUCUCGUUUAUCAACGCCAAAGGAGAGUUUUUCUAUUGCAAGUUUCAUUAUUUAAGCGACCAAGGUGUGGCAAGCUUGACCCAAGCCGAUGCCGACAGGAUUGCCGGAGUGGUACCAGAUUACCACGUGGAGGACCUGUACAACGCCAUAGAGAGUGGAAAGUACCCUUCGUGGACGUUCUACGUGCAAAUAAUGACUCCCCAGCAGGCUGCGGCUAACAAGUACGACCCUUUUGACGACACCAAAGUGUGGCUGCACGGAGACUAUCCUCUGAUUCCCGUUGGAAGAUUUGUUUUGAAUAAAAACCCUAGUAACUAUUUUGCUGACGUGGAGCAGAUGGCUUACAAUGUUGCAAAUAUCAUUCCAGGUAUCGACUUUUCCCCAGACAGAAUGUUGCAGGGACGUACUUUCAAUUACGCUGAUACGCACAGGUACAGACUUGGCGUUAAUAAUACUCAGUUAGCUGUCAACGCCCCUCCUUCCAUGAUACAUAAUUUCAACAGAGACGGAUUCGCCACGAUCAAAAGCCAGGGCGGGGCUCCCAAUUAUUUCCCGAACAGUUUCAACGGACCUAGGAACGACCCUAGAGCUAAGGCUCUCUAUCCCUCUAUACCUCUAUCUGCUCACACUCAAAGAACAGACAACGGUUCAGAAGAUAACUUUACUCAGGCUGGGCUUUUGUGGACGAGGGUUCUGAAAGAAGAUGAAAAACAAAGGACAAUUGACAACAUGGUCAACUGGCUGAAACAAACCAAUAAGGUAAUAGCAGAAAGGGCUAUUCGUAACUUCGACCAGGUGGAUAUAAGUUUGGGCUCAAGACUACGUCAAAGUCUACAGUUGCAAUUCCAUUUGACCACUCAAGUUGAACUUUAAAAAAUGAUGUAGAGGAUUGAAGAAUAUUUUCCUGUAUAAUUAUAAUGAUAAAGGUAUUUCCUUGCAUGCUCGGUAUAUUUUUGCUUUUUUUGUUUGUUCUUAUUAUUUCUUUUGUUUAUUUUUAGUUUCUGUUAUUUAUCUAAAAAAAUAUAUUAAUAAUAAAUUUUUGUUUGCAU